GUAUGCACCAUGACAUUCUCAUCAUGGACCUAUGACCAAAAGGGCAUCGAUUACUUUCCAUAUUCGGAGAAAAUUGGAACAUCAAACUACCUAGAAAACGAAGGGUGGUAUAUUCUAAAGACCAAGAUCACUCGAAACGAGGUGAAAUAUAGCUGUUGUCCAAAUAAAUACACUCUUCUACAAUUAACUCUCUAUCUGCGACGGAAACCGCUUUUCUACAUCGUGAAUUUGAUAAUUCCGACUUCUAUAAUUACUUUAAUAGCUAUCGUUGGAUUUUUCACCACCUCAUCAGCAAGUGGAAUGCGAGAAGAAAAGGUAUCGCUUGGUAUAACAACAUUACUUUCAAUGUCUAUCCUCAUGUUGAUGGUCUCGGAUCAAAUGCCAACAACAUCGACUUUCAUUCCUCUGAUUGGAUGGUUCAUACUCGCUAUGAUAAUCGUCAUCUCAUUGGGUACGGUAGUGUCAUCAAUUAUCAUUGCCAUACAAAAACGUGGAAGCCAUGGCGAGCGAUUAUCGAAGGGUGUCCUGAGGUGCUCAGCCAAUCACAGCAGAGCUACAGAUUGCAAAGAUUAUCGCAUACGUGACUUGCACAUCAUUGCCAUCACAUAUUGA